GUCCCUCCCCUACCCCCUCCCUGCAGGUGACCCUUGUCCAGCCUGCCUGCCACAAGAAGGCUGGGUCCCCCUUCCUCUGGGUGUCUUUUGUGUCUCCUGUCCUGCUGUCAGUUUAGGGACACCUUGGCUCGACUCUUCAGGGAAUAUGGGGAUGGGGUUGGAAACAGAUGCAGUUCAGUACCAGAUGUAAGCCCUCUAUGUGACGUGGCUUCCACUGCAUCUGAAGGCUGAGCUCCCUGACUCAGAUCUCUUAAGGUCCACAGUGAGGCCUUCCAGGGACCUGAGGUGACAGCUCUCACACUGCCAGUAGGGGGUACGGUCCUCAGGAUGUCCCAAAAGAAAUAGAAGUCAGAACCAGAGCCUCUAACCCAUAGCCCUAGCGAUGGGGCCCCCAGUGCAUCACCUGUUGGCUGGCCUGUGCGUGGGGGUGGCCUUGGGCUGGGUAGGAGACUCGGCCCCAAACCUGGGCCCAGCCGAACAGGAACAGAACCACUACCUGGCCCAGCUGUUUGGCCUCUAUGGAGAGAACGGGACACUGACUGCAGGGGGCCUGGCUAGGCUUCUCCACAGCCUAGGACUAGGCCGAGUUCAGGGGCUCCGUCUGGGACACCAUGAGCCUCCAACCGGGCGGGCUGCACCCACAAGUGGCGACAAUUUCACACACAGGCUGCAAGAACUGGAGCUGAGUGUAGAUGUGUGGGCUGGAAUGCCUCUGGGCCCCUCAGGCUGGGGCGACCAGGAGGACUCAAAGGCCCCUGACCUGCACGAGUCCGGCCUAGACCUCUUCCAGAGGCUUCUGCUGCUGGACCAUUCGUUGGCUGACCAUCUGAAUGAGGAUUGUCUGAAUGGUUCCCAGCUGCUGGUCAAUUUUGGACUGAGCCCCGUUGCUCCCCUGACCCCUCGCCAGUUUGCUCUGCUGUGUCCAGCCCUGCUUUAUCAGAUUGAUAGCCGUGUUUGCAUCAAAACCCCGGCUCCAGCACCUCCAGGGGAUGUACUGUCUGCCCUGCUUCACAGUGGCCUGGCAGUCCUGUUCCUCAGCCUCCCUGCUCCCCUCUCCCUGCUGCUGCUGCGGCUCCUGGGACCUCGUCUGUUGCGGCCUGUGCUGGGCUUCCUGGGGGCCCUGGCCGUGGGCACGCUCUGCGGGGACGCCCUGCUACACCUACUGCCACAUGCGCAAGGAGGGCGGCACACAGGAGCUAGUGAGCAGGCAGAGGAGGAUCUGGGUCCGGGGCUGUCGGUGCUUGGUGGCAUCUUCCUGCUCUUCAUGCUAGAGAACACGCUAGGACUUGUGCGGCACAGAGGGCUCAGGCCAAGAUGCUGCAGGAACAAAAGGAACCUCGAAGACCCAAACCCUGACCCAGAGGAUGGCAGCGGGAUGAUCCUUCGACCCCUACAAGCAGCUUCAGAACCGGAGGUUCAGGGCCAAAGGGAGAACAGCCGGUCCCCACCAUCUCUGGCCCCUCCUGGACACCAAGGCCACAGUCAUGAGCGCCGGGGUGGCAGUAUUGCAUGGAUGGUCCUCCUGGGAGAUUGCCUGCACAACCUCACUGAUGGGCUUGCAUUAGGUGCUGCCUUCUCUGACGGCUUCUCCAGCGGUCUCAGCACUACCCUAGCUGUCUUCUGCCAUGAGCUGCCCCAUGAACUGGGUGACUUUGCCAUGCUGCUUCAGGAAGGGCUGUCCUUUCGGAAGCUGCUGCUGCUGAGCCUCGUUUCUGGAGCCCUGGGACUGGGGGGUGCAGCCCUGGGGGUGGGGCUCAGCCUGGGCCCUGUCCCCCUCACACCCUGGGUGUUUGGGAUCACAGCAGGGGUCUUCCUCUAUGUGGCCCUUGUGGAUAUGCUGCCAACCCUGCUCCGUCCUCCUGAGCCCCCGCCUGUGUUCCAUGUGCUUCUGCAGGGGCUGGGGCUGCUGCUGGGGGGCAGCCUCAUGGUUGCUAUAGCCCUGUUGGAGGAAGAGCUACUGCCCCUGGUUCCUGACGGCUGAUGUGGGCAGUGGCAAAGGCUCCAGGCUGCUCUUCCUUCCCUCCCCCCAGGAAUGGAGGCGGGACACAGGGCCAGUAGGAGCAAUAGGAUUUUAAUAAACAGAACCCAUCCCAAAGCCAUGACUACGACAGUUGUACUUGCACCAAAACAGCAUAGAAAACCGGGGUGUGGUGGGAGGGCUCAAAGCAGGUCUGGGGAGGACAAGCAUGGGGGCCUGGAGGAUGUGGGGUGCAUCAGUCUUCAGGGAUAGCAUUGUGCUUUAGCCCAGGUGGGGGAGAGGGGCAGGGCAAAUGCACCAAGGUCCCCAUUUUUUCUGCUGCCCUCAGCACCCUGGGGAUGCAGGUACCUGGGCUUCAGUGCUGCCACCAGCAUUAAACACCCGACCCCAACACUAGCACCACAGUGGAUCCAGGACAGGGAGAGGGGCAGGAAUGAGGAAAUUGCUUAGAGAAAGAUUCAACUAGAAUCCAGUGAAUUGUGCUCAGUUCUCUUUACUUCCUACAACCGAGUACAUGGGUCACAGGGUGGAGGGUGCAACGGGACAGGGACACGCCCCUCCGUGCCCCCCAACACACCUGCACACAGGAUGGUGGUGUCUGCAGCAUCACAGGUCAUGCAGGGCACGGGGAAGGGGUUCACACACACAUAGAUGCCCACAGCGGGUACCAGACAGAGAACAC